AUGUUUCACAUAAACAGGCAAGCCUCUUUGGAAAGGUUAAGAACAUUUAAACCAAGUCGAAUCCGUAUUCCAAGAAAUAUAGACGAAGCAAGAGUCGCUUCAUAUUUAUCCUUUCGUUUUAAUGCUUACAAUGGUGCUCUACCGCUUAACCGUCCAAUAAUAGUUUCAUACGAUACAAGUAAAAGAACCAUUCCUCAAUCAAUUUGUUAUUUAGUAGUAAUCACUUUUAAUAUUUACACCCUCUUAUAUCCUUUUCUAGUUCAUCCUAGUCCCGUGGUUCACGUCCGCUAUGUGUUUGCAAUAAAAUUGCAUAAACCAAAGAAUGAGAGAGACGCCCAAGGUCGAAGACUUAGAGCCAUGACAGCAAGACUCUAUACGCAAGGAGCAGGACAUCAGGAAUGGGAUUUUGGAACUAUUCCAAUAGGGGCACGUAUCCGUCAAAACAGACCUAUUCCCACCACUGGAUGUACUGGUCCAGGACUCCCGGCUUUUUUAAUAAAAAUUCCAGUUAAUGAGGUUUUCUUUGAUCCGGCAACAAUCCCACCUCCUACUGGAUAUUUUCCUGUUCCGAUACCACCUGGAAUUAGUAUCAAUCCUGGUGAUACUUUUACUAUUGAUCUUUAUAACAUUCAACAAGAGGUCUUAAUGUCACAAAGAAAUUGA